UCCGCCUGCUUCUCCACGCCCUCGCCGUUCUUUAUCUAUUAGAAAAUGAAAGCUAAGAUCAAUAAUCCAUAAUAUUUAUCUCAAUCUCUCUCUCCAAAGCACGUUCAUUUCUUUAUGCGAAAGGGUUUAUAUCAUUAUUGCCGUCUCUUUCACCCUAACUGAGAUCUACUUUUCCCGGUGCCCAGUCGUCUGGAUCAGGUUGAAUUUUCAGUCAUGGGUACCGAAGAUAACAAGAAGCAGCAAGGGCGUGGAUUCUUCUCCUCGAUUGCUUCCACUUUGUCCGGUUUCGGCAGUGCGAUGCAGAAAUCUGUUCACGGAAUGUUGGGCUAUGAAGGUCUGGAAGUUAUAAAUCCUGAAGGAGGUACUGAAGAUUCUGAAGCUGAAGCACAGAAGGGAAGAUGGAAACAAGAGGAUCGAGACAGCUAUUGGAAGAUGAUGCAAAAGUAUAUAGGGGCUGAUGUCACAUCCUUGGUCACACUGCCUGUUGUUAUUUUUGAGCCAAUGUCAAUGGUUCAGAAAAUGUCAGAGUUGAUGGAAUACAGUUACCUAUUAGACAUGGCUGAUACAUGUGAGGAUCCGUACAUGCGUUUGGUAUAUGCAUCAUCAUUCUUUGUAGGCACUUAUUAUGCAUUCCAGCGAACCUGGAAGCCAUUCAAUCCUAUUCUAGGUGAAACUUAUGAAAUGGCCAAUCAUGGUGGUAUUACAUUUUUAUCAGAACAGGUUAGCCAUCAUCCACCAAUAAGUGCUGCACAUGCGGAAAAUGACCAUUUUGUGUAUGAUAUAACUUCGAAGGUGAAGACCAAGUUUCUGGGAAACUCGAUUGAUAUAUAUCCUCUUGGGAGGACACGGGUAGUCUUUAAAAGAGAUGGUGUGGUUCUAGAAUUGGUUCCCCCUCCCUCAAAGGUCAAUAACUUGAUCUUUGGGCGUACUUGGGUUGAUUCACCUGGUGAGAUGAUCUUGACAAACACGACCACUGGUGACAAGGUUGUUUUGUACUUUCAGCCUUGCGGAUGGUUUGGUGCUGGCCGUUAUGAAGUAGAUGGAUAUGUUUAUAAUGCCCAAGAGGAACCAAAAAUAUUAUUGACUGGAAAAUGGAGUGAGUCGAUAAGUUAUCAAUUAUGUGAUUUGGAUGGGGAGCCCUUGGCAGGAACUGAAAUGAAGGAGGUGUGGAAACUCGCUGAACCUCCAGUUAAUGAUAAAUUUCAAUAUACGCACUUCGCCCACAAAAUCAAUAGUUUUGAUACUGCGCCUAAGAAACUAUUGGCAUCAGACUCCAGGUUACGUCCCGACAGAUAUGCGCUGGAGAAGGGUGAUUUGUCUAAAGCUGGUUCAGAAAAGAGCAGGUUGGAAGAGAGGCAGAGGGCUGAAAAGAAAAGAAGAGAAUUAAGUGGGGAUCAGUUUGUUCCAAAAUGGUUUGAUCCAUUGAAUGAAACCGCUGUUACGCCUUGGGGUGACUUGGAGCUUUAUGGGUACAAUGGAAAAUAUGAUGAACAUCGAGCUGCAAUCGAUAAGUCAGACAGUGUUGAGGAGAUUAUUGACAUCAACUCAAUCGAGUUCGACCCGUGGCAGUAUUAAGUGUUGAGAAUUAUUGGUGAUGGUGUUAUCCCUCGACUUUUCUGAUAUACUUUUCAGUCUCUUUAAGACUCAUGUGCUUUUAGUUGUGAGAUGUCCCUUUGGUUUCCUAUUUGGUUAACUUUAUAGAUAUAGCUGUAGCUUCGCUACCAUUGAUUUGUUAAAAUAGUAUUUCAUCUCCCAAGGUUCCCAUGUUUGUAUUGAGCUUAUUUGAAGAAAACUUAAAACUAUGAUUUAUUUAUUUAUUUUUGUUA